CAAAAAGUGACUCGCAGUCACACAGUUCUGCCGCUAGAGGGAGGGAGGAGGCGCUGAGGAUUCAUUCAUGAGCGGACAGCACAGCAGCAGCAGAAAAACUAGACCUGAUCUGAAGACGAAGAUGAAGAUGUCUUCAGUCGGAGACAUAAAGGAGCACAACUAGGAGAAUAAUGCUGUGAAGAUUAUAUAUUCAAGUAUGGAAGACCCCGGUGCUUUGACGGACCAGUAAACACACAAGAUGACUGAAAACAACACAAGCACAGAGACAUGGACUCUUAUUCACCCGUCCGGGAGUCCUCAUGACCUCAUCUAUGACAUCCCUGUGGAUUACGAGGUCCCGGUGGACGAAAUUCCCGACACGACUCAGGGACGAGCGUUUUUCGUGGCCACCAUUGUAAUUGCGAUGGUCCUGGUUUGCAUUAUGCUGGUCUGUGGCGUUGGUAAUUGCGUAUUUAUCGCCUCGCUGGCACGUUACAAGAAAUUGAGGAAUUUGACCAAUUUACUCAUCGCCAACUUGGCAAUAUCAGACUUUCUGGUGGCGACUGUGUGCUGCCCCUUCCUGGUGGAUUAUUACGUGGUCAAGCGGCUGUCAUGGGAUCAUGGGAUUGUGCUUUGUGUCUCCAUUAACUACUUGAGGACUGUGUCUCUCUACGUGUCCACCAAUGCUCUGCUGGCCAUCGCUGUGGACAGGUACAUGGCUAUCGUUCACCCGCUGAAGCCCCGUAUGAAGUAUCAGACAGCAUACUGGCUUAUAUUUGGGGUCUGGAUAAUCCCGGUUCUCAUCGCCGUACCGUCUGCAUACUUCGCCACAGAGCACGAGUACCCGCACAGCACACUCCACCACGACAAGAAGAUCUUCUGCGCCCAGAUCUGGUCUGCAGAUCAGCAGCUCAUGUACCGCUCCUACUUCCUCUUCAUCUUCAUCGUGGAGUUUCUGGGGCCCGUGGCCACCAUGUCGGUCUGUUACGCGCGGAUUUCAAAGGAGCUUUGGUUUAAGAAUGUUCCCGGAUAUCCAACGGAGCAACUUCGGAAGCGUCUACGACGGCGGCGCAGAACAGUCGUGGCACUAAUCGCGGUUUUGGUGGCGUACGUGCUGUGCUGGGCGCCGUAUUACAGUUUCACAUUGCUACGAGAUUUUUACCCGGCGCUGAUCACGCGAGGGCGGAAUUCUCUGGUCGUUUUUUACAUCAUCGAAUGCAUCGCUAUGAGCAACGGUGUCAUUAAUACUCUGUGCUUUGUGAGCGUUAGGAAUAAUGCAGUGAAGUGGCUCAGAGCGGUUAAAUUCGCUAAAUGGCGCUCGCUGACUAGAGUUAUUGUCGGAAAGAUGGCGGAAGAUGACAUUAGGACUUCCUCGUUGAGAGUGACUGAGGAUGUGGAAUGUACACGAAUCAAAUAAGAAAAUAAUAAUCUUUCAUGAGGACCAAAAUAUAUUGACUUUGGUAGGAUCUGUGAAUUUAUGAGUCAAAAUGACUGAUUGCAAAAGUUUUCAGAUCGUUCAGAACAUUACUGAAGAAAACUGAUGCGUUUCAGCCAACAGUGGUGUUGUGGUUUUGAGUCUUUUUGAUUUUGAGGCUUAAUUUAGCCACAAAUUUCUCUCUGUGUUUCAGCAAAUGUAAUGAUUUUUGGGGACAAAUCUUAUUUCGACCCAUACUUUGGAAGAAUGUAAAAAAAAAAAAAAAAAACAUUCGACAAUACACUUGUAUCAAACGGACAACCCUUUCGUUAUGUUCGUGGCUGUUUUUGUCCCAUUGACUUCCAAUAUAAUGGCAUUUUUUGAUUGCAAAGCCAUGACACAUAUAAUCAUGCAUUCUUGAUUGUUGCUGGUUUUCCCUGUUGGGAAGAGGUAAAACUUUUCAUUUUAACUGUUGAAAACCAGUCGCAGUGCAAAAAAGCUUAGUUUCUGCCUUCUAUAUUGAGUAUAGUGUGUGUGUGAGAGAGAGAAAAAGAGAUGUCAAUAGAUCUCCAUCUAAGGCCUUGUGUACACUAAUAUGUUUUAGUUUUAAAACAGUGUUUUG